AUGGCCGGGAACGAUUGGGUUAACAGUUACUUGGAGGCGAUUCUCGACGUUGGCCAACCUCUCGACGAUGCUCGACCAUCGCUUCUUCUCAGGGAGAGAGGCCGAUUCACUCCAAGCCGUUACUUCGUUGAGGAAGUCAUCACUGGAUUCGAUGAGACUGAUCUUCACAGAUCAUGGGUCAAGGCUGUCGCUACGAGGAGUCCACAGGAGAGGAACACAAGAUUGGAGAAUAUGUGUUGGAGAAUCUGGAAUCUGGCUCGUCAGAAGAAGCAGCAUGAGGAAAAAGAAGCACAGAGGCUGGCUAAGCGUCGGCUUGAGCGUGAGAGAGGUCGCAGGGAGGCAACAGCUGAUAUGUCUGAGGAGUUUUCAGAGGGUGAGAAAGGAGAUAUCGUUAGUGAUGUAUCAACUCAUGGCACCAAAAGCAGGUUGCCGAGAAUAAAUUCUGCUGAGUCGAUGGAGAUGUGGGCAAACCAACAGAAGGGAAAUAAGCUGUAUCUUGUUUUGAUAAGUCUUCAUGGUCUCAUACGUGGUGAAAACAUGGAGCUCGGCCGCGAUUCUGAUACCGGUGGCCAGGUUAAGUAUGUUGUGGAACUUGCACGGGCUUUGGGAUCAAUGCCAGGAGUUUACAGGGUUGACUUACUUACCAGACAAGUGUCUUCACCAGAUGUUGACUGGAGUUAUGGCGAACCGACGGAAAUGCUGACUCCUAGAAAUUCUGAAGAUCUCUCGGAUGAGAUGGGGGAGAGUAGCGGUGCUUAUAUUGUGAGGAUACCAUUUGGUCCAAAGGAAAAGUAUAUUCCAAAAGAACUUCUAUGGCCUCACAUUGCUGAAUUUGUUGAUGGUGCUAUGAACCACAUUAUGCAAAUGUCCAAUGUUCUCGGUGAACAAGUUGGUGUUGGGAAGCCUAUUUGGCCUUCUGCCAUCCAUGGACACUAUGCUGAUGCUGGUGACGCCGCUGCUUUGCUGUCAGGGGCACUAAAUGUGCCUAUGAUUCUUACUGGCCAUUCACUUGGUCGAGAUAAACUGGAGCAGCUUUUGAAACAAGGCCGCCUUUCAAAAGAAGAAAUAAAUUCAACUUACAAGAUUAUGCGUCGAAUAGAGGGUGAGGAAUUAUCUCUUGAUGUUUCGGAAAUGGUAAUAACUAGCACACGGCAAGAGAUAGAUGAGCAAUGGAGAUUGUAUGAUGGUUUUGACCCCAUAUUGGAGCGCAAAUUGCGAGCUAGGAUCAAGAGGAAUGUGAGCUGCUAUGGACGAUUCAUGCCUCGCAUGGUUAAAAUUCCACCUGGGAUGGAGUUCAAUCAUAUUGUCCCACAUGAUGGUGAUGUGGAAGACGCAGAUGGGAAUGAGGAACAUCCAACUUCUCGAGAUCCACCGAUAUGGGCUGAGAUAAUGCGUUUCUUUUCGAAUUCCCGAAAGCCUAUGAUACUCGCCCUUGCGAGGCCCGACCCAAAAAAGAAUAUCACGACAUUAGUGAAGGCAUUUGGGGAAUGUCGUCCACUGAGAGAGCUUGCUAACUUGGCACUUAUUAUGGGUAACCGUGAUGGGAUUGAUGAAAUGUCGAGUACAAGUUCUUCGGUUCUCCUUUCUAUUCUGAAGCUAAUUGACAAGUAUGAUCUCUACGGCCAAGUUGCUUACCCUAAACAUCACAAACAGUCAGAUGUUCCCGACAUAUAUCGCCUAGCUGCAAAGUCUAAGGGUGUGUUCAUAAAUCCAGCUAUCAUUGAACCAUUUGGACUUACUCUAAUUGAGGCUGCAGCCCAUGGUUUGCCAAUGGUUGCUACAAAAAAUGGUGGUCCUGUAGAUAUCCACCGGAUCCUGGACAAUGGCCUUCUUGUGGAUCCUCAUGAUCAACAAUCUAUUUCUGAAGCUCUUCUCAAGCUUGUUGCUGAUAAGCACCUAUGGGCAAAGUGUCGGCAAAACGGGUUGAAGAACAUUCACCAAUUCUCUUGGCCAGAGCAUUGCAAAACCUAUCUAUCUCGCAUAACCAGCUUCAAACCAAGACAUCCGCAAUGGCAAAGUGAUGAUGGCGGUGAUAAUUCAGAACCUGAGUCACCCAGUGAUUCUUUGAGAGAUAUACAAGAUAUAUCCUUGAACUUAAGGUUUUCAUUUGACGGAAGUGGGAAUGACAAUUCCAUGAAUCAAGAAGGGAGCAUGGAUAGGAAGAGCAAAAUUGAAGCUGCUGUCCUAAAUUGGUCUAAAGGCAAAGAUAGCCGCAAAAUGGGAUCACUGGAGAGGUCAGAGGUUAACUCUGGAAAAUUCCCGGCUGUGCGAAGAAGGAAGUUCAUUGUUGUUAUUGCUCUUGAUUUUGAUGGGGAAAAAGACACACUAAAGGCUACAAGAAGAGUUCUAGAGGCGGUUGAUAAGGAAAGAGCCGAUGGAUCUGUUGGGUUCAUAUUAUCGACAUCUCUAACAAUCUCUGAGAUACAAUCUUUCUUGGUGUCAGGGGGCUUAAACCCUAAUGAAUUCGACGCUUUCGUAUGCAACAGCGGCAGCGAUCUCUACUACACAUCUCUCAACUCCGACGAAGAACCUUUUGUUGUUGACUUUUACUACCACUCCCACGUAGAAUAUCGCUGGGGUGGUGAAGGGCUGAGGAAGACUUUGAUCCGUUGGGCAUCUUCAGUUAACGAAAAAAGAUCUGAAAAUGACGAGCAGAUAGUCACUCUUGCUGAACAUCUUUCAACCGACUAUUGCUACACCUUUACCGUCAAAAAGCCUGCAGCGGUACCUCCAGUAAGAGAGCUUCGGAAGCUGCUGAGAAUCCAGGCUUUGCGUUGUCAUGUCAUUUAUAGUCAGAAUGGCAGCAGAAUAAAUGUAAUACCGGUCCUGGCUUCUCGCAUACAAGCCCUAAGGUAUUUGUUCGUCCGGUGGGGCAUUGACUUGGCGAAAAUGGCGGUAUUCGUAGGCGAAUCAGGUGACACUGAUUACGAAGGAUUGCUCGGAGGGCUUCACAAGAGCGUUGUUCUAAAGGGGGUGUCUUGCAGCGCGGACAACGUCUUGCACGCUAACCGGAGCUAUCCUCUCACAGACGUGAUCUCCUUUGAGAGCAGCAACGUGGUUGACGCGCCUGUUGAUUCGGAUGUUCGUGAUGCUUUGAAGAAACUAGAGCUUCUCAAGGACUGA